AUGACUGCGCAGUCGAUGUCUAUGGACAGUAGUCAAGAUUCCGGACGCCGAGGUAGCACUUUUCAGCCGACCACAGAAGGCUUUGCGAACACAUUCAACUCUGUACCUGGUUUUGACGCGAGACACGGGGAGAACGGGUCUUUCAGCAAUCUACCGUCGUAUGCGCCUUAUGAUGCCGGUUUCGGGAUUGCCAGUAACUCUCGUGAUGUUGGCAAUCCGGGCAAUUCAGGCGUGACCACUCCAUCCCUCAUGGCUCACCAGACCUUCAAUAUUGUUAAGAGCGAAGAACCGCAAGAGAAGAAAGGUUGCUGUACCUCCGAAGCACAAUCUUCUCAGCCGGAGCAGGUCUCAGGUACCUGUUGCCAAAGAUCUGGUUCCAUUUCGGGUACUCAGACUCCGUUGUACCAGCCAUCCUUGAACGGCACGCCAUAUACGCCAAUGUCUCCUCCGCAGAUCUCAUCCUGGCACGACUUCUAUGCAGCGGACCAUAGCGGUUAUGGAACACCUUAUACUUUUCAGCACCCGGGGCUCGGACAGUCUGGAUUUGUGCCAAACUAUGUGUCUCAUGCAAUGUCAGACCACUCAAAACUGGGCUUCGCGGAUAACAACCCCUUUACUCAGACUGAAUUGCCUCGAACGACCCCGGCGCAAACUCAGAGUCUUGGUUAUUGUACUUCUUCCUUAAUGAAUGGGGAACUGAAGCAUAACUGCACGUGUGGAGACACUUGCCAAUGCUUAGGGUGCGCAUCUCAUCCUUUUAAUAAUACGACAAGACAGCACGUUCAGGAGAUGGGUCUCUUAGUCACACUUGAUGGCGAAGAGUCGAGUUUCGACGGUUUGAAUGGAUACCAUGAUUUCUCGUCGCGUGGCACUCCCAGUUCCGCGCCGCUGGAUUAUCACUUCAAUCGCCUCAAUCAUUUUGGUCACGGUACUGAUCCAAUGGCCACGCACAACGGUUCUGACAAGCCUGUCCAGAAUGGUGGCUCGCCUUCGGCAAGUUACGCGUCAGAUCAGCAUCUCAUGGUGCCCUCGGAGUACUACACGAUCGAAUACCCAGUGAAACUUCCAAACGCUUGCUCCAAUGCAAGCGGGAGUUGCCUCUGUGGCAGCGACUGUAGCUGUGUUGGCUGUCUCACACAUAACGGCCACAACGGCGUAGCAAUUGAGACCGGAAUGAUGGAAAGCAAUGAUCUGACCCCAUUGAGUCCUUCCAUGGAACAUGAGGGCGUUGCAUCAUCUCACAUGCCUAUACUCAAAGGCACUCCCGCCCACUCCCCGAACCCGAUGCUCUAA